UGCGAAUAUGGAUGAAGGUUUCCAGGAGAGAGCAGGCCGAGCUGGAGUUCGUGCAGAUCCUGGUGAUCGUGGUGGUGAUGAUGGUGAUGGUGGUGGUGAUCACGUGCCUGCUGAGCCACUACAAGCUGUCCGCCCGCUCCUUCAUCAGCCGGCACGGCCAGGAGAGGAGGAGAGAGGACGGCCUUUCCUCGGAGGGGUGUCUCUGGCCCUCAGAGAGCACGGCGUCCGGAGGCGGGAUCCCCGAGGUGAGACCCACACCACGUCCCCCACCGGCCACAUCCCCUGCCCAGCCACGUCCCCCACCAGCCACAUCCCCUGCCCAGCCAUGUCCCCCACUGGCCACGUCCCCUGCCCAGCCAUGUCCCCCGCCAGCCACAUCCCCUGUCCAGCCAUGUCACCCGCCGGCCACAUCCCCACCAGCCACAUCCCCUGCCCAGCUAUGUCCCCCACUGGCCACGUCCCCUGCCCAGCCAUGCAUCCACGUUCCUUCCCACCUGCAAAAGGUUUCCUUUGGGGCUGUUUAUCAGUGUUUCCAUAGCAACGCGGCAGCCCUCAGCCCCGGUCUCCUGGCGUGGUUAGAAGGCCCCGAGCUGGGGGCGCACUCAGGCACCACCGUGCAGCUUCUAGAGCCAGAAUCGCACAUCUGUCCCCAGCAGAAGGAAGGCCGCCCCGGACGGCCAGAAGUGCUCAGCACGGCGGGCUGUGCAGCCCAGGGCUGGACGGAGUGCUCUCCUGUGCAGUCUGGUGUCUCAGCCGAGUCCGAGCUAACCCCGGAGCUCAGCACAGGCCAGUGGCCGGAGCUCAGCACACGCCAGCGGCCGGAGCUCAGCACACGCCAGCGGCCGGAGCUCAGCACACGCCAGCGGCCGGAGCUCAGCACACGCCAGCGGCGCCGGGCCUGGGACACGGCUUGCUGUGUCCCCUGGUCACUGUGCGGUCACAGUGACGUGCGGGCGUCCUGCGGGGAGGGGGCUCCUCGGCAGCGGGGGGCGGGGCCGCCCCUCCCUCCAGUCCUGACCCCAGCUGGCGUGGGCCGAAGUGACUUCAGCUUCCAGGCUCAGGUAUGGCCGAGACAGAACAUUCCAGACAUGAAGAAGUGGGUGCUGGUGCUGGGCAGAGCCCGCGGGGCCGCGCCAGCUGGGUCUCGCUACGCAGCCAGCCUGGCCUGGGACUCACGGUCCUCUGCCGCAGCCUGGAGAGCCAGGCUCACGGGCCUGGCCUCCAGGGCCGGCUUAGAAACGAACUUUUGA